UACUGCUUUCUGGGUUAUUCAAGUAGAAAAUCAUCUAGUUAAUGCCUUUCUUUUGAUGAAAGAAGUUGAAAAAAAAAUGGAAAUAGGAAACAAUGAAACAAAUACUUCAAUUACAGAAACAUACUUUGUUUCUGCUUAUAAUUUGAAUCAAGAAGAUAGUAAUUGGAUUAUAACAAAUUCAUUCAUAAUUUUUACCAUGCAAACGGGUUUCGGUAUGUUAGAAUCUGGAUGUGUUUCUUUAAAAAAUGAAGUUAACAUUAUGAUGAAGAAUGUUGUCGAUAUAGUACUUGGUGGUUUAACUUAUUGGGCUUUUGGUUUUGCAAUGAGUUUUGGAACAGAUAAAUUAAAUAAUCCUUUUAUUGGUAUGGGCGAAUUUUUAAUAGAUCCUUCUUUAGAAGAUGAAUUUAUGGGUCCGAAAUGUGCGGCAUUUUUAUUCCAAUUAAGCUUUGCAACCACUUCAACAACUAUUGUUAGCGGUGCCAUGGCUGAACGAUGUAAUUUUAAAGCAUAUUGUUUAUUUUCUUUCUUAAAUACAAUUGUAUAUUGUGUACCAGCUGGAUGGAUAUGGGGUGAUCAGGGUUUUUUGAAAAAAUUGGGUGCUGUUGAUAUUGCUGGUUCAGGGGCAGUUCAUCUUGUUGGUGGUAGUUCUGCACUUGCAUGUGCCAUAAUGUUGGGACCAAGACUAGGCAGAUAUGAUAAUGGAAUUGAUCCAUUGCCUCUUGGAUGUCCAGUUAAUGCUAUUAUGGGCUUAUUUGUACUCUGGUGGGGUUGGUUAGCUUUCAACAGUGGUAGCACAUAUGGUGUCAGUGGACAACGAUGGCAAUAUGCUGCUAGAGCAGCAAUUUCUACAAUGUUAGCAAGUAUGGGAGGUGGUUUAGUUGGUUUAGGCUUUAGCCUAAAUGGACCAGAUAGAAUUGAUAUUUUGAGUCAAAUAAAUGGCAUUCUUGGUUCAUUAGUUGCAAUCACAGGUGGUUGUUUCCUUUUUAGAGCCUGGGAAUCUAUAAUUGUUGGAAUGAUUGGUGCUUUUAUUACAUGUUUUACUAUGCCUUUAUUAGAUAAAAUGCAUAUUGAUGACCCUGUUGGAGCUAGUGCUACACAUGGUGCAAGUGGAAUUUGGGGUAUUAUUGCUAUUGGCUUAUUUGCAGACAAUCCAUAUCCUCUUAAUACUACCAAUGGAAGAAAAGGAUUAUUAAAAGGAGGAGGAGGAUAUUUGUUAGGUAUACAAUGUUUAACAGUUGUAUGCUUAGCAUUUUGGAGUUUUACAGUAUCUACUAUUUUGCUAUGGUUCAUAAAUAAAAUUAUACCAAUUAGAAUGAGUAUUCAUGACGAGCUUUUAGGUGCAGAUUUAGUAGAACAUCGAAUACGACAUUCACAGAUUGGAAUAAGUAGAGCCAUGUCUGCUCUUCGAAUUUUAGAAAAACAUGAAUUAACAAAUGUUCAUCCUGUGGGAAUCAAUCCAGGUAAGAUGCAUUCAGUUGAAAAAUAUUAUAAAAAUUAUUACAAAUCGAUUGUUACAGGUCAUGAUACAUAUAUUGAAAAAUAUAAUCGUAAAAAUCGCUUUAAUUAUGGAAAACCAUUUUUUCUUGAAAAAAAAUUAUCAAAGAAUUCUCAGUUGAAUACAAUUACCGAUGCUAUGACAGAUAAAAACAAGCCAAAUUUCGCUUGGAUAGAUUAGAAUAUUCCUCAAGAUUGUAGUAAUUUUAAAUUUAUUAGAAAUGUAUAAAUAUAUUCAUAUACAUGCUUUUUAAUGCUUUCAUAUUUUACUAUUAUAUCAUACAAUGUACGCGCAAUCUCUGAUAAAUAAUUAAAAUCUUACACAUAUAUAAAUAAAAAUUAUAAAUGCUA